CUUUGUCUCGUGACUACUCAAGAACCAGUCUAGAGAAAAGGUGAACACGUCUUGAGAGCUCCCUUGUUAAGCUUUUGUUCAACAAACAUCAUGGUGAAUAAAAAACUGAAAGAAGCCGCUAUGGGUUUUGUACUGGGAGCCAUCGGAGGCUGCAUAAUGGGAGCCAUAGAAGACCCCGUUGACAGAACCCUGUCUGACAUGUCCACGAAGAGUCAACUGAAACCCCUGAUCGAUGACAUCAGGACAGUGGGUGCUCUCGGAUUAGGAACUCUCAUGGGGGCUUCUGCGCUGACCAUUGCCAUGACCUCGGUCGUUGCGGGUGUUAUCGUGGCGGCGGCUGUAGCUUCAGUGUUCGUCAGCACAGGAAGUUGUGGGCCCACUCUCACAAAUUAUGCAAACUUGUGGACAUCUGCGGGACUUGCUGGUGCCUUCGCGACCACACUUAGUGGAGCCACACUAGGGUUUUUCACUGAAACAAUUGUGAACAUUUAUGGCAUGGUUGGUCUUCUAUGCGCACUGUCCUUUUUCAGCAUCCUCAAACCACCUCUGCGUUUCGUAUUUAACGUUCUCUGGAAGCAAGGAGAGGCCUGUUGCGCUCAAAGUACUACGGCUUGGGAAACGGAACGGGAACAAUUAGAGAUUUCAGAUUUAGACCAGAGAGAAAGGGUGGCUGUGCAAAUAGAAGAGAGAAUCCUGACCAUCAAAAAUGGGAGGAACAUCACUGAUGCAAAGGACAUGAGCACAUGGGCAACUGAACGGAAGCUGAGAGAAGGACUGGAAAGGAAAAAAAUGGAGGCCGAAGAGGCACAAAUCAAACAACGAACCCUCCAAGACUGGAUCACAACUGUGAUGGUCAAAUAUGUGGACUUUUUAGCCUUUUCUGGAAUUCCAAUGACUGUGGUUGCUGUUGUAACAUCACUUUUUGGCUUAUUUGGGUACGCAGGCCAUCAUUUUGUGUUCAUUGCACUUGUAGCUUUAGUAGCAAUCAUCGGCUACUUGAUUGUAAAGUUAUUAGAUUUUAAAUUCUGGAUGUUGAUAGGAUGCAUGGGAAUGCUUGCAACUUUCCUUAUUGCAAUGCUCACUAUACAAGCAGGAGAGAACAUCAAGGCUAUCAUGAAUCAGAAAGGGCAACCGAAGCAUGACAGUAUUAGCAUCGGCGAUCGCAUGAGUGACCAUUCCUCUCGAGAAGCUUUGAAAACAGCAAUUAUUGCAGCAAAACUUUGCCAGUUGAGUUUGGGAGCCACUGUCGGGGGGCCCUUGGUAAGGCACGCCGCUGGAGGGGGCAAAGUCAUCAUAGGAGCUGCAAUAGUGGCUGUCGGGUUACUGACUGGGGUGGAGAUCUUAUCCCCAGUACUUGGAAAAGGAGGGAAAGCUGGUGCACUGCUAGGGGUAGUGGGUACUUCUGGAGUGGCUAUGGGUGCAGUGGCAGCCAUGGCAGCACAGUGUUCUUCAUGGCCCCGCACUGCAGGAACCGUAGCAGGUGUAAUUAUUGGCACGUUAGUCAUGGGCGAAUUGCAUAUUUUCAUGAUUGGAGUACAGAUUAUUGUUGCUUACAUCUUUGCCAUGACCAAUGCCUUUUGAAACAUAAUGUAAAUAAAUUAUCUUCAGUUGAAACACAUAUGGUAAGUUUCCAAUUCCUUUGUUAACAGUUUAAUGAAAUACUACAGCAAGUGACUUUAAAAUGAUAGCAGAUCAUAUUUUGGACUCAAAUCCAUCCAAACAAGUGUUAAAAUUUGAUUCUAAUUCUUUCCCUCUCAGCUGCCCACUAAAAAAACCUCAAAGAGAAGCCCAGCCCAGAAUGAGCUGCAGAUAUUUGAAGUGAACUAGCAUGCAAUCCAUACGCUUUCUAUUCUCUUGUUGCCGUGUGACCGCUGUCAUUCUGUCAACAUAUACUAGCAAGCACAGUACUAGAAAGCCAGACAUGAUCAUCAAUUCAGGUUGUGAUGUCAACCAGAAUUGCUGAAAAAUGAUGGGCAUUGCCUUAUGCGUUUUUUUUGGGUAGAAUAAUAAAUGUAUAAUAAACAAAAAUAUUUUUUGACAUGCUCACCAUUUCAUAACACAUUUAAGUAAGUAUGUGAAAAGGAUACAUCUUAUACCAACAACACACUUGAGUGACCGGCAGUAGUGGAAUGUAACGAAGUAAAAGCACUUCAUUACUGUACUUAUGGCACCAAUGUAAAAUAAAGUGUUACCAAAUACCAUAACUGGCAAUUAAUGAAAAAAACAGAACAGUAAUUGAAGAAAUAACUACCAAAGAACAUGAAUUG